UGUCAAUAAUUUGGCUCAACAGACAAAAUAAAAAUGCGGAGAUAGAAAAUAAAAAUGUGCUCUUGUUUUUUCUUGGUUUUUUUCUUUCUUUUUUUUCCCUCGACACCUCCAAAAAAACUAAACCAAGGCGGAAUUUACGACUAAACCCAUUCGCGCGACCGCUUCAUUUCAUUUUAAUUUAAUUCAAUUCAAUUUUACGUUUUUUAUCCUUUUUUGCUGUCAUAACCAAACAUGCAUGGCAGCAGCACACAAACACGCUUAUCGCUUCGGAGAAACACCAACCGACCUCUAGCCUUCAUUUUACUGCUCACCACUAUACUGCUAUCGUUAGCAGCCCUUGGCGUCCUGGCAUCCUCAGGCGACCGUCAGCCGAUCUUCAGCACAUGCGUGAAAAAGUGCAUCAAAGUAGACUGCGCCCAAAACACCUUGCCUUUCCAUCUGCGUCUACUCCAAUGGACUUGCGAGAGCAACUGCGACUACAAAUGUCAGCGGCAAAUAGCCCGGGCGGCGCAGCAGGCCGGCCGCAAAGUACACCAGUACCAUGGGAAAUGGCCCUUCGUGCGCAUCCUGGGUGUUCAGGAGCCGGCCAGUGUGCUGUUUAGCGUGCUGAAUGGAUUAAUGCACCUGAAGAACUGGUCAAUGGUCAGGGCGUUACCGAGGUCGCAUCCUAUGCGGCGGUGGUUGAGCGUGUUUAUUGUUUUGGGUACCUGGACCUGGUUCUGUUCGGCGGUUUUCCACGUGAGAGACUUCCCGCUGACUGAGAAGCUGGACUAUUUCUCCGCUGGGUUCAAUGUCCUGUAUAUGCUUUUCCUGGCCAUUGUGCGUAUGCUGCGGCUGGACACUUGGGAGCAGACCAGGAAGGUUGCCCUGGCGUGUGCUAUUCCUUAUGUUUUGCACGUCGCGUAUUUGUCCUUGGUCCGCUUCGACUAUGGCUACAAUAUGGCAGCUAAUGCGGCUGUGGGAUUACUGAGCAACGUCGCUUGGUUUGUUGUUGCCGUGCAGGCACACCGCAAUGGCCAGCCGUUCUGGUGGAAACCCGCUGUGCUGAUGCUGGCUAUGGAUUUGGCAUUUAGUCUGGAGGCAUUUGAUUUCCCGCCGUUCUUCGACACACUCGAUGCUCAUUCCUUAUGGCAUGCUGCCACCAUCCCUAUUGUCACGCACUGGUACGACUACCUUGUCAAGGAUGCAAAGUGGGACUUGCAUCUGGAACAACUGCGCAAAAACUAACAAUAAAUAUGAAUGAAUGAAUAUAUUCUAUUGAGU